UGUAUACAGUUAUCAUUUUAUAUCACAAUUAAUCAUGGGUUCUGAGUCUCUUAGGAACAAAUGUGCAGGAUGCUAUAGAGAGUUCAAUAAGAAAGAACACCUUGUUGACCACAUGAGGACCUCAUUUCACUCUGUUCAUGAACCCAUGUGUGGAUCUUGUGGGAAACACUGCCGCUCUUUUGAAUCCUUGAGAGAGCAUCUUAUUGGACCCUUGCCGAAGGUAGAAUGCGCUAGGGUGUUCAGUGCCCGAGGAUGCAGCUUUUGCUUAACUAUUCUCAAUAGCCCUAAUGCGGUUCGAGGUCAUCGACAAACAUGCCAGUUCUCACGGGAAACCAACGACAUCCCAUCUCGAAUGACCAACUUGGGCAUACACCACGAAGAGAGAACAAGAGGACCACAAGUAUUUGCCCUUGGUUGCAAAAUGGUUGGUGGAGGAAGUGAUGGAACACUAGAUCUUUGUGCAAGAGUGUGCCAUAAUGAUGAGCAUGCAAGAGUCAUAUUUCAUACCUAUGUUAAGCCACUCAUUGCGGUCACUAACUAUCGGUAUGAAACAACUGGUGUGCGACCUGAGUACUUAAAGAAUUCAAAUGCAAUGCCACUGAGGGAUGUGAAAAAAAUCAUUGAAGAUUUCUUGUGCAAUGGUGAACCGGUAUGGAAGAUAGGUUCAAAAGAUGGAAAAGCAAGGAUACUUGUAGGCCAUGGUCUGGAUCAUGACCUGAAUUGUUUAAACUUGGAAUAUCCGACAUACAUGCUAAGGGAUACAGCCAAAUAUCCGCCAUUAAUGAAAACCAGCAAGCUGAGCAACUCCCUUAAAUACCUAACACAGACUUAUCUGGGGUAUGCUAUUCAAACUGGAAUACAAGACCCUUUUGAGGAUUGUGUAGCAACAAUGAGGCUUUACAAAAGAAUGUGUAAUCUAAGUCAUAAAACCGAAGAUUAUUCAAUUGCUACAAAUGCCCAAAACCGUAACAGCAGUAUUUUUGCAAGUCGAAGACAGAACGAGCUCGAGAGGAUGACCCCAGAUCAGUUGUUGGCCAUUUCAAGGUCUGAUUACUAUUAUUGGUGCUUGGACUCAAAAUAA